GUAGGUAGAGGGACCACAAUACCAAGGACUCCUUCGGAUGGUUCAAGAAAUAUUUUGCCUAGGACUCCACGAUCUUCCAGAUCUUCUACCCUAUCUUCCUGUAAUUCUUCCAUGGAUACGAUUAGACAAAAUAAUGACUCCGGCUUAGUUAACUCAUCUUCCUCCAGUUACACUUCCACCAAUGCAUCCAAAAGUGCAGCCAAAGGUAAAAGUCGAACAGGACAUUUGGUACUCUCAACUACGUUGAAAUCUCCUACCAAGCCCCAUUCCAGUAAGUCGUUUGCUAGUAGCUCACCCGGUGAAUGGUCCUCAGAGGGAUCGUUAUCAUCACCAACCUCUACUGCUAAUAAAAGGUUUAAUGUUGUAAGUGCUAGUCAUACUCACCAGCCUUCACUAGGAGAUGGUGAUGAGGUUACUGGUUCACUGGAUGAAAGUGAAAGCAAAGCUUCAGAUGGAAGUACCGGAUUUCUUCAUCCAGCUGAGAUAAAACCCUCAGGCCUUCGACCUCCAUCACCAAAAUUUGCCUUUUCCAAUGGGGUACGGUCAUCCAGACACAAUCGAACUCGAAGUGUACCCUCCCUCCCAGUUGUACUUAUUGGCAUGCCUAAAAUUGAAGAAAAAAGCACUAUCCCAAGUGGUGGCUCAAACAAGGCAUCUCCUAGAGCUCUUCAAAGAUCAACAACUAUUGCAACAAAGGCACAGAGUGCUUCAAGAAACCCUAAACUAAGCUCUGGCAUGUCCCCUAAACUUCAGAAUAAAAUCUCCCAAAAAACUGGCAGAGAAAGUUACUCAAAGGCUCAGGGUAUUCGUUCUGCAGAAAAAAUCUUCGGUUCAGAUUUUCCAAAGCUCGUUGUGAAAAUAGGAGGCAAGGAUGGCUCUCGAAUUAAAGAUACCAAGGUCGUUCCUCUUACAGUACCAGAGCACUGAUGAUCUAUCUCCUGAGUCUGAGGUUCUAUACAUUAUCACAUCAAAAGAAGCUCCUAAAAUUGAGACAAAACACUAAUGCAUCAUACGACUGUGAUUUCUGAAAUUACUUCCGGCUUAAGGAUACCAGUUGAAGUUCUCAUUUGGAUCAACAAUGCACUUCAAGAGAGACAUCCCAGAGUUUUUAUGGUACAACCUCUCCGAAAUAUACUUGUUGAAGAUUCUAGCCCCUAUGAAAAUUUGUGA